UCACCAAGUAUAAUGGAUUGUACAGUAGGUGGCGGCAUUAACCUAUAACAUUUGUUUGCGGACCACCAUGAUACUGAAGAAGAAGAAGAGCUUCAUUCAUGAAUUGUUGCUAGGGCGAAAGUGCAUCAUUCAACGCCUCCAGCCUAAACGAGGAGUGCAAUCCGCCCAUCCUAUAACCACCCAAUGAAAUAAUUACAGUGGCCCGUCACUGGGCAGUAUAACGUGUGGCUGGCCAAUUAUCUUUUUCUUGGCCUAGAAGGGUGCAGGGAGCUGAAGCUAACCGAGUGGCAGCGAUCGAGUCCCGGGGAAAUCUGUCACGGAGUCACCGUGAAAAAGAUCAACAGCCACAACAUGCCGAAUAAAACUAAAAAGGAAAAGGAACCAACCAAAUCUGCCAAAAGCAGCACUAAAAACAGUAAUGCCACCAGUGGGAAAGACACAGGAACUGAAAAUGCAGAUGAGGUGGCGCAGCAGCAGACUGCCAGCAAGCGUCCCAGCAAUAGCACCCCUCCACCCACUCAGCUCAACAAGAUCAAGUACUCUAGCGGUCCCCAGAUCGUCAAGAAGGAGCGUCGCCAGAGUUCAUCACGAUUCAACCUCGCCAAGAACCGUGAGCUGCAGAAACUUCCUGCCCUCAAAGAUGCACCUCUUAUCGACCGGGAAGAGCUGUUUGUGCAGAAGCUGCGCCAGUGCUGCGUACUCUUUGACUUUGUCACGGACCCCCUAAGCGACCUGAAGUACAAGGAGGUGAAGCGUGCCGGUCUGAAUGAGAUGGUGGAGUACAUCACGCACAACCGCGAAGUGGUCACCGAGUCCAUCUAUCCCGAGGGUGUCAUCAUGUUUUCAAUCAACCUGUUCAGGACCCUGCCACCAUCCUCCAACCCCACGGGGGCUGAGUUUGACCCAGAAGAGGACGAGCCCACACUGGAGGCUGCUUGGCCACACCUACAGCUGGUGUAUGAAUUCUUCUUACGAUUCCUGGAGUCCCCCGAUUUCCAGCCUAAUGUCGCCAAAAAAUACAUUGACCAAAAGUUUGUACUGUCUCUACUGGAGCUGUUUGACAGUGAAGACCCCAGGGAGCGGGACUUCCUGAAGACCAUCCUCCACAGGAUCUACGGCAAGUUCCUGGGUCUUCGGGCCUACAUCCGCAGACAGAUCAACAACAUAUUCUACAGGUUUAUAUAUGAAACCGAGCAUCACAAUGGAAUCGCCGAGCUCUUAGAGAUCUUAGGAAGCAUAAUCAACGGCUUUGCCCUGCCAUUGAAAGAGGAGCACAAGAUGUUCUUGAUUCGAGUGCUGCUGCCGCUUCACAAAGUGAAGUCACUCAGUGUCUACCACCCACAGCUGGCGUAUUGCGUCGUGCAGUUCUUGGAAAAGGACAGUAGUCUAACUGAACCAGUGAUCAUGGGCUUGCUGAAGUUCUGGCCUAAGACCCACAGCCCCAAAGAGGUGAUGUUCCUCAACGAGCUGGAGGAGAUCCUGGACGUCAUCGAGCCCUCUGAGUUCGUCAAGGUCAUGGAGCCGCUGUUCAGACAGCUGGCCAAGUGUGUUUCCAGUCCACACUUCCAGGUGGCAGAGAGGGCGCUGUACUACUGGAACAACGAGUACAUCAUGAGUCUGAUCAGUGACAACGCUGCCAAGAUCCUCCCCAUCAUGUUCCCUGCUCUCUACAAGAACUCCAAGAGCCACUGGAACAAGACAAUCCAUGGGCUGAUCUACAACGCCCUGAAGCUCUUCAUGGAGAUGAACCAGAAGCUGUUUGAUGACUGCACCCAGCAGUACAAGGCUGAGAAACAGAAAGAGAAGUACAAGCUGAAGGAGCGUGAGGAGGUCUGGCACAAGAUCGAGGAGCUGGCCAAGCAUAACCCUCAGGUUAGCAAACUCCGACCUGGUCUCCACCCACAAGAAGAGUACAUGAUGUACAAUGAGAGUCCGGGAGGGGUGCCCUUGUACUCCAUGGAGACGGAGACGCCCACUGCUGAGGACAUUCAGCUGCUGAAGAAGACUGUCGAGACAGAGGCCACACAGGGGAUGAAGGACAUCAAGAAAGACAAGGUGUUGAUGCGGCGGAAGUCGGAGCUGCCGCAGGACGUGUACACUAUAAAAGCCCUGGAGCAACACAAGCGAGCAGAGGAGUAUCUGACGGCCAACGAGGAGGCCCUCUGACCAGGGAGCAGUGGCACCCUCCAUGCCUAACUCCCCUCCUGUCCGUCUCUCAUCCAAACAGUCGCCUACUGUACACCUGAUAGCCCCCUCUUCGCCUCCGCUUCUCCUCCCCCUCCACCCCUCCAUCUCUGCCGGAGAUCCCCAUCUGCAGAAAACCAAUGCCAUCAGAGUUAGACAAGACCACACACUCUUAUACGCACACAUAAGAACAUACUCACAGACGUACAAAUUGUUCCAACUUCCAAAUACUCACAUAUACUUGACUACAGUGGGCUGAUUGUUAGGUUGCAUGAGGACAACCAUUAUACAACAGGAGUAUUAAGUGUAAGCAUCCGUGAAGCAUGUUUCUUUGUUUUGUUUCUGUUUCCUUUCAGAUUGGUUUUGGUUGUCCUCAUGUUCCUACCUCCUACUGUGAUCUGCUGUGCUGAAAGGGAACGACCAAAGCAUUACCUAUAGAGGGCAGUCGAGUGAGUGGCGGUCCCGCUAGCUUGUCUGGAGUGAGGGGGUGUGGGUUAUCUGAUUGGUUUGGUGGAAAAUAGGGACAUGCUCUAGUCUAGCUGGCUGUCCAGUGGAAGUAGUGAUUCUGCUCUGUUAAAAAAAAAAAAAUUGCAAAAACUUUCUGUCAGUUCAUGUCCAGGCAGCAUAGUACAUUUUGGGGAAGCCAAGUCUGGGACACAAAGCUUACAAGGCAAAGCAAUGACAUGAGAGGACGAGGAAUCAAGAUGGCUGCCUUUAUCUUAAUUUAAUUCAUGUAUGUCAGUCUCUUCCAUGAAACCAGUUUUUCUCACUCUUUAGUUGAAGCUUCAUGAAGUCACCUCUUUGCAUCCUUAAAUCAUGGCCUUACAGCAUCUGUUGAAUUACAUUCUCCCUGUUUAUUAGUCGUAAGCUAAUAGCAUGAUUGUAAGCCUAGAUAAUUGGUGUAUGCAGGGCAGUCAGUCCGGGUCUCAAUUUACUGUUGAGUGUUAGAAUAGUAGAAUACACAAGGAAUUGAGAUAUUUGGUUGUGCAUCAGCAGUUUUUUUUCUUCGUUUUUUUUUUCACCUUUAUUUAACCAGGUAGGCAAGUUGAGAACAAGUUCUCAUUUACAACUGCGACCUGGCCAAGAUAAAGCAAAGCAGUUCGACAGAUACAACGACACAGAGUUACACAUGGAGUAAAACAAACAUACAGUCAAUAAUACAGUAUAAACGAGUCUAUAUACAAUGUGAGCAAAUGAGGUGAGAAGGGACGUAAAGGCAAAAAAGGCCAUGGUGGCAAAGUAAAUACAAUAUAGCAAGUAAAACACUGGAAUGGUAGUUUUGCAAUGGAAUAAUGUGCAAAGUAUAAAUAAAAAUAAUGGGGUGCAAAGGAGCAAAAUUAAUUAAUUAAUUAAAUACAGUUGGGAAAGAGGUAGUUGUUUGGGCUAAAUUAUAGGUGGGCUAUGUACAGGUGCAGUACUGUGAGCUGCUCUGACAGUUGGUGCUUAAAGCUAGUGAGGGAGAUAAGUGUUUCCAGAUUCAGAGAUUUUUGUAGUUCGUUCCAGUCAUUGGCAGCAGAGAACUGGAAGGAGGCGGCCAAAGAAAGAAUUGGUUUUGGGGGUGACUAGAGAGAUAUACCUGCUGGAGCGUGUGCUACAGGUGGGAGAUGCUAUGGUGACCAGCGAGCUGAGAUAAGGGGGGACUUUACCUUCGCAGGGUCUUGUAGAUGACAUGGAGCCAGUGGGUUUGGCGACGAGUAUGAAGCGAGGGCAAGCCAACGAGAGCGUACAGGUCGCAAUGGUGGGAAGUAAAUGGGGCUUUGGUGACAAAACGGAUUGCACUGUGAUAGACUGCAUCCAAUUUGUUAAGUAGGGUAUUGGAGGCUAUUUUGUAAAUGACAUUGUCAAAGUCGAGGAUUGGUAGGAUGGUCAGUUUUACAAGGGUAUGUUUGGCAGCAUGAGUGAAGGAUGCUUUGUUGCGAAAUAGGAAGCCAAUUCUAGAUUUAACUUUGGAUUGGAGAUGUUUGAUAUGGGUCUGGAAGGAGAGUUUACAGUCUAACCAGACACCUAAGUAUUUGUAGUUGUCCACGUAUUCUAAGUCCGAGCCGUCCAUAGUAGUGAUGUUGGACAGGCGAGUAGGUGCAGGUAGCGAUCGGUUGAAGAGCAUGCAUUUAGUUUUACUUGUAUUUAAGAGCAAUUGGAGGCCACGGAAGGAGAGUUGUAUGGCAUUGAAGCUUGCCUGGAGGGUUGUUAACACAGUGUCCAAAGAAGGGCCAGAAGUAUACAGAAUGGUGUCGUCUGCGUAGAGGUGGAUCAGAGACUCACCAGCAGCAAGAGCGACCUCAUUGAUGUAUACAGAGAAGAGAGUCAGUUCAAGAAUUGAACCCUGUGGCACCCCCAUAGAGACUGCCAGAGGUCUGGACAGCAGACCCUCCGAUUUGACACACUGAACUCUAUCAGAGAAGUAGUUGGUGAACCAGGCGAGACAAUCAUUUGAGAAACCAAGGCUGUCGAGUCUGCCGAUGAGGAUGUGGUGAUUGACAGAGUCGAAAGCCUUGGCCAGAUCAAUGAAUACGGCUGCACAGUAAUGUUUCUUAUCGAUGGCGGUUAAGAUAUCGUUUAGGACCUUGAGCGUGGCUGAGGUGCACCCAUGACCAGCUCUGAAACCAGAUUGCAUAGCAGAGAAGGUAUGGUGAGAUUCAAAAUGGUCGGUAAUCUGUUUGUUGACUUGGCUUACGAAGACCUUAGAAAUGCAUGGUAGGAUAGAUAUAGGUCUGUAGCAGUUUGGGUCAAGACUGUCCCCCCCUUUGAAGAGGGGGAUGACCGCAACUGCUUUCCAAUCUUUGGGAAUCUCAGACGACACGAAAGAGAGGUUGAACAGGCUAGUAAAUAGGGGUGGCAACAAUUUCGGCAGAUCAUUUUAGAAAGAAAGGGUCCAGAUUGUCUAGCCCGGCUGAUUUGUAGGGGUCCAGAUUUUGCAGCUCUUUCAGAACAUCAGCUGAACGGAUUUGGGAGAAGGAGAAAUGGGGAAGGCUUGGGCAAGUUGCUGUUGGGGGUGCAGUGCUGUUGACCGGGGUAGGAGUAGCCAGGUGGAAAGCAUGGCCAGUCGUUGAAAAAUGCUUAUUGAAACUCUCAAUUAUGGUGGAUUUAUCAGUGGUGACAGUGUUUCCUAUCUUCAGUGCAGUGGGCAGCUGGGAGGUGUUCUUAUUCUCCAUGGACUUUACAGUGUCCCAGAACUUUUUUGAGUUAGUGUUGCAGGAAGCAAAUUUCUGCUUGAAAAAGCUAGCCUUGGCUUUUCUAACUGCCUGUGUAUAAUGGUUUCUAGCUUCCCUGAACAGCUGCAUAUCACGGGGGCUGUUCGAUGCUAAUGCAGAACGCCAUAGGAUGUGUUUUUGUGUUGGUUAAGGGCAGUCAGGUCUGGGGAGAACCAAGGGCUAUAUCUGUUCCUGCUUCUACAUUUCUUGAAUGGGGCAUGUUUAUUUAAGAUGGUUAGGAAGGCAUUUAAAAAAAAUAUCCAGGCAUCCUCUACUGACGGGAUGAGAUCAAUAUUCUUCCAGGAUACCCCAGCCAGGUCGAUUAGAUAUGCCUGCUCGCUGAAGUGUUUCAGGGAGCGUUUUACAGUGAUGAGUGGAGGGCGUUUGACCGCUGACCCAUUACGGAUGCAGGCAAUGAGGCAGUGAUCGCUGAGAUCUUGGUUGAAGACAGCAGAGGUGUAUUUAGAGGGGAAGUUGGUUAGGAUGAUAUCUAUGAGGGUGCCCGUGUUUAAGGCUUUGGGGAGGUACCUGGUAGGUUCAUUGAUAAUUUGUGUGAGAUUGAGGGCAUCAAGUUUAGAUUGUAGGAUGGCUGGGGUGUUAAGCAUGUUCCAGUUUAGGUCGCCUAGCAGCACGAGCUCUGAAGAUAGAUGGGGGCAAUCAGUUCACAUAUGGUGUCCAGAGCACAGCUGGGGGCAGAGGGUGGUCUAUAGCAGGCGGCAACGGUGAGAGACUUGUUUUUAGAGAGGUGGAUUUUUAAAAGUAGAAGUUCAAAUUGUUUGGGUACAGACCUGGAUAGUAGGACAGAACUCUGCAGGCUAUCUUUGCAGUAGAUCGCCCCCUUUGGCAGUUCUAUCUUGUCUGAAAAUGUUGUAGUUUGGAAUUAAAAUUUCAGAGUUUCCCGCUUGUCAGUCACUGACAGUCACUCAAUUAGCCCAUGUCCGCUAACAUUUUUUAGAUUGGUAAGUUAGUCUACCCAGCUAUCUAAACGUGUAGUUAUCAUGGCCAAAUUACAGACCAGGCAUGAAGAGCACUUGCCCAGGGGCCCUGAUCUCCAGGUAGUCACUUAACUCAGAUAUGUAUUUAACUAUAGAUAUCAUAUUAACAUGGCAUAAGUCAUGGCAACAUGUGUAGAAUUGCAGGAAAUUAGCUGUAAAACUGCACAUUUCUCUCUGCCCCACGGCAAAAAGAGUGAAAUGACUUGUAAAAUAUUUUUGCCCACGAGGUGCCCCCCCACCCCCUACCAAUAUCUCGCCUAGUUCCCCCAAAAGGUGUGAGAAAGCAAUCACAAUCAUCUGCUUGCUCUAAGAAGUGGUUUUUGUUUUGGUCGGUUUUUGAGACUUGUUCACAGAACUGAUGAGGCUUUUCAUAUUUUAAUUCCUAGCCGGCCGGUCCACUAUAAAGCACUUGAAGAUACAGAAUAAGUUUUGAACAAAUGUCUAAACUUGUAAUAGAGCUCCUGUUGAAAAAAUGUUUAUUGUAUUUUUAUAACUAGAGGUGUAGCUCAAAAACAAAAUCAUGUCACUGUGUCAAAAAGAAACCUCAGAAACCAAUUCACUUAAAUCAAAUCAAACUGUAUUUGCCACAUGCGCCGAAUACAACAAGUGUAGACUUUACCGUGAAAUGCUGAAUACAACAAGUGUAGACUUUACCGUGAAAUGCUGAAUACAACAAGUGUAGACUUUACCGUGAAAUGCUGAAUACAACAAGUGUAGACGUUACCGUGAAAUGCUGAAUACAACAAGUGUAGACUUUACCGUGAAAUGCUGAAUACAACAAGUGUAGACUUUACCGUGAAAUGCUGAAUACAACAAGUGUAGACUUUACCGUGAAAUGCUAACUUACAAGCUUUUAACAAACAGUGCAGUUCAAGAAGAAGACCAUAUUUACCAAGUAGGCUAAAAUCUAAAUUAACACAAUAAGAAUAAGAUAAUAGGAUGUCAGGGUAAUAUUGUCCUCAAGUUGUUGCUCUUUAGGAAAGGCAACCAUAAGCUGCUGCAGUGUCCAUCCUUUUCUCAGUUUUCUUAAAGAUAAUCUUCUCACUCUGCUCUGUCCAGACUCUGACUGUCAUGAUUGUUAUACAUCCAUUCCUUCCUUCAUAAUUAUAUUUGUGUUUAUUAAUGUUUCUGGCCCAAUGGGUAACAUCUCCUCUGCCUCUUUAGUUUUUCCUCUGUAGCCAUCUUCUGGCCUUUCUAUCUUAUGCGUUUGUGGAUUUAUGAAAAUGCACCUCUGUUGAGGUAGCCUCAUUGCGGAAAGGAAAACGUUUUUUUUGGUUCAAGUGUAGGGAAUCUCUACAAAAUAUCAUAUUCCCCUUUCUCCUCUAAACCGGCUUGAUUCAAUAGGUCUCUUUCCUAACCUAAGCAAUAUUUUUAGUUGAAACAAACUCAUGCACUUGAAUGGUGUAUGGAAGUGCGCAAAACAAUCCUCCUCAUAGGACUAUCUACAGAUAAAAAAAUAUAGAAUUGCUUUACUAGCCCAUAUGGGAAAAAGGAAAGGCUGUGGUUACUGUUGCAAAUGUGUACUGUAUAUUGUAAUGUAUAUUGCUUAGGGGUGCACCCCUACCACCCCCUUGUCCUGUAGGUUAAUCCCACUCACCCCCCUUACUACUCCUCCCUCCUUUUGUUUCUGGUUUGUUUUCUUCCACUUGCUGCGUGAGGUCAUUUCUUUGUCGUAUGGUCUCGUCUAUUGAGUUGUCUGUCAAUCACACCCAACAGUGGGGAAUUACUGACUCCUAAGGCUGCUGGGCAAAGUGAGUCGUCAUCGCACACAUACUUAAGAGGCUGGCUGCCAAAGAGUUCCCUCCCUCAACAUGACCUUACAGUCAUAACGUUAGAGCAGUCUAAAUCCGAGCUGCUUUUUAUAUCAUCUGAGUUGGAUUCCUAACAUGUUUAUCUUGACACAUAAAAAUACACUUUUUUUCGUAAUCACAGUAGCGAUAACCUCUACAUUCUCCCUCGGUGGAACAAAAAUCUCAUCAGCUCAGAUUGGAUUUGCCAAGUCUUGUCUGCACCGAAGACCUAAAUUGUCUUCUGGUGAGGUUUGAAAAUGUUACCUGUGCAUGAGACAUUUGUAUUUAUAAACAGUAUAUCAAUAAGUCGCAAUAUAGUUUUAAAUAUGAAUUAUUAAUAGAAAUAAUGUAUUACUGUUCUCUCACCUGACUGAGCAAGGCACAUGCAUUCCUAUUGGCCAUGCUUCCAGAAAGUAGCUGUUGAGACAUUCCAGACUACAAGAGAUAGGUAGCAUUGUACCAGGGCACAUGUCACUACUGAUGACAUGAAAUGGCUCAGUUUGUCCAGCAGCCACACACAAACUGAAGAGGACAUUCUUUUAAAACAAAGGGUCUCUCUCCACCCCACCCCCACCAGGUCUGACACUAAUCUUAAGCUGCUUUCCAGGUCAUAUGUACAUAUGUUGUACUUUAAUUAGGUAGAGCAUUACAUAGUAUGAAAGUCAUAUUUUGUACAGAUGUUCAUGUAUGUACAGAACAAAAUAAAGUAAAAAAAUUGUGGACAUCCA